UGGGGAGUUUUUUAGGAGGUUGUCCGGGUGAGGAGUACGGGCAGAGAGGAAGAUGGGAAACUUGAUCGGUGUAUUUCAAUUCUAUCGACUCCAGGUUCCUCCACCGCGAUGCCCAAGACUCCGCCAAACGCGCACUGCGUCACCGGCUGCGAACCCCUGCAUCCCGCCCACGAACCUUAACCAUACAGCCCAGCUCUCGCAAGACACCGUCACUCUCACUCCUUAGGGAAAUAAUACCAUGUCACUCUCAGCACAAUGCCCCGCCUACGCCCCAUUCUUCGGCUUCUCCGGCGUAGCUGCUGCGAUGAUUUUUAGCUCGAUGGGCGCAGCAUACGGUACUGCGAAGGCUGGAAUCGGAAUCGCGGGUAUGGGAACGUUUAAGCCAGAGCUGAUCAUGAAGAGUUUGAUCCCGGUCGUCAUGAGUGGUAUUAUCGCCGUCUACGGCCUUGUCAUCGCAGUCCUAAUCGCCGGCGAACUAUCUCCAACCGAACCCUACUCCCUCUUCAACGGCUUCGUCCACAUGGCCGCUGGACUCUGUGUCGGCCUCACUGGGUUAGCGGCUGGGUGGACGAUUGGCAUUGUUGGGGAUAUGGGGGUGAGGAGUUAUUUGUUGCAGCCGAGGAUUUUUGUUAGUAUGGUUUUGGUGCUUAUUUUUGCGGAAGUGUUGGGGUUGUAUGGGUUGAUUGUGGGACUGAUCUUGAAUACGAAGGGGACGAGUGACUGCUGAGCUCGAUCGUGAUCGGCAUGACCGUACCGUGAGGAACGAAGACCGGCGGGAUUCGUCGUAACGUCCAGAAAGAAAAUACACAUUCUGAAUACCAGAAACCCUUACCGUAAGCUCGUUCAUUCACGGCUUUACCUCCUUUGU